UUGUGUUUUUGCAUAUAUACCACUAUAUGACUAUAUAUAUAACACAAGUCUAUGCUCUUAUUGUAAAAGUUUAAGUUUAAGUAACAAUUUUAAAGUCACACAUGGCAGAAGAUUUUCAGGCAACCGUAUGCAGUGGAAGCUGGUGGAUGUCACCAAGAUCUAACUUCAGCCGCUCAUGGUGUUCAUCGGUUUUAUCAGACAUGGAUAACUUCGGACCCUUCAUGUCAAGAGAUCUGAUCAUGGAUAUGAAAUCAAAAUCAAGUGACAAUAAGUCUUCAGAUGGCUCGAUGAUCUUCCAUGAUAUUCAAAAACCCAGUGGCAUCAUGUCGCCGGAUUCUGCUCUCCAGUUUAUGGCCACCACCUUUUCUAGUUCUCCGCCAGCCACAACCACUGAUCAUUGGAAUCAGAAUUUGUUGUUGAAGGUACAAGAAGAGCUGAACACCUUUCCAACCAGCGGUGAUCAUGACGAUUCAACGGCGGUGACAGAAGCUGAUCGACAUCAAGAUUUCACCAUGGACCAACAACAAUCAUUUAACUCCACCACCACCUUCCCCGUUAGUUCAACUUCGUAUGAAGCUUACCCUUCAACUUUGCUACAAUCUUUCUUGGAUAAUAACUCCCCACCACCACCACCGCCGCCGCCACUGCAACAACUACACCAACAACCGCCGUAUACUUUUCAACCGAAUUCAAACGAUUUGAACUUCAUUCCAAAACAACAUGUUCCUGCUUUCUGGAAUGCUUCGGGGUCCACUUUAGACGAUAAUAUUUCAAGUUAUUUCUCUUCACUGUCGUCUCAAUUUCUCCCAUCGUCAUAUAAAGAAAAAGAAAGUCGCCCUAAUCUCAUUAUAAAGCGUAAUCAUCAAGAAAUCCGGGACAUGGGUUCGUCAGCAAAAAAAUGUUCAGGUGAGCUUCCAUUAAAGCGACCUCGCCUUGAAACACCAUCACCCUUGCCAACCUUUAAGGUUCGAAAAGAGAAACUAGGAGAUCGAAUCACAGCCCUUCAGCAAUUAGUUUCACCUUUUGGAAAGACGGAUACUGCAUCUGUGCUCCAUGAAGCCAUUGACUACAUCAAGCUUCUGCAUGAUCAAGUCAACAUUCUAAGUGCACCCUACAUAAAGAAUGGAGCUACAAAGCAACUGCAACAGAUUGAUCACGAUCAAAAGGUGAAAAACGCGGAAGUACACAAACAAGAUCUAAGGAGCCUAGGACUUUGCCUGGUGCCAGUUUCGAGUACGUUUCCAGUUGCAAAUGGGACAGCGACUGGUUUCUGGACACCAAGUUACGAAGGUUCAUUUAGGUAGAGAAGACAAGCAAAACUAGAAUCUCAACACAUAUAAGCAGAAUUUUGAAUAAAAAAGAAUGACUCUCUCACUGGUUUUUUGUUCCCAUGUUUAUAUAUAAACCAAAGACAAGUUGGAUCUCUUGAGCUUUUUGAGUAUUUUGAGUGAAAUUGAUUAUUCAAAAUAAUAAAAAAGCUUAAAGUUGUGAAGAGAAGCAAUUGUAAUAAGUUGAAGGAGUUAGAGGAGGUCGAAAAUGAUAAACGAUUACAUUUUUCAUGUAACAUUAUUAGUUUAAAAAAUCCCUAACAUUGUUGCUAUAAA